AUGGAAAGGACCAAUGAUUCCGUCUGGACGGAAUUCAUCCUGGUCGGGCUCUCUGCCCACCCAAAGGUCCAGGCAGUUCUCUCUGUGCUGGUUUUAUGGAUGUACCUGAUGAUCCUGCUGGGAAAUGGAGUCCUCAUCUCAGUAAUCAUCUAUGAUUCCCAUCUGCACACCCCCAUGUACUUCUUCCUCUGCAAUCUUUCCUUCCUGGACAUAUGCUACACAAGCUCCUCUGUCCCACUAAUUCUUGACAGCCUCCUAACAGUGAGGAAAAGGGUUUCCUUCUCUGGGUGCAUGAUGCAGAUGUUUCUCUCCUUUGCCAUGGGGGCCACUGAAUGUGUCCUCUUGGGCAUGAUGGCACUUGACCGCUAUGUGGCCAUCUGCUACCCACUGAGGUACCCCAUCAUCAUGAGAAAGGCUGCCUAUGUGCCCAUGGCAGCUGGGUCCUGGGUCACUGGGCUAGUGGACUCCAUGGUGCAGACAUCUCUCACAAUGCAGUUACCAUUCUGUGCUAAUAACGUCAUUCACCACUUUGUCUGUGAAAUCCUGGCUGUCCUGAAACUGGCCUGUGCUGAUAUUUCAACCAAUUUGAUCAGCAUGGCAGGCUCAAAUCUGAUUGUUCUGGUUAUUCCACUGCUAGUAAUUUCUACGUCUUACAUUUUUAUCAUUGCCACUAUUCUGAAGAUACCUUCCAGUGAAGGAAAACGUAAGGCUUUCUCCACCUGCUCAGCUCACCUGACAGUGGUGAUUAUAUUCUAUGGAACCAUCUUCUUCAUGUACGCAAAGCCCAAGUCUAAAGAUCCUGUUGACACAAAUGAUCAAGACGUCACUGAAGCCCUCAUCUCCCUCUUCUAUGGAGUAAUGACCCCCCUGCUCAACCCCCUCAUCUAUAGCCUGAGGAACAAGGAUGUGAAGGCUGCAGUGAGGAACAUGCUGGGUGGGAAACUCUUCCCUGUGGAGUAG